AUGACUACUAAGGCCCACGAAGUUGCACACAGGCAUCUUGACAAGUUUAUUUUCGAAAAGCUUAUUCGAAUGAAUAAUCACGACAAAAUCUUCCUAUACGGAGAAGCCCAGAUAGAGUCUGGGUCGGUCAAGAAGAAACCCGAUACCUCUUACGGCCCAGUCAGCCUCCCCGCAGUCCACACGGAUAAAUGGCCCACUGUGGCAAUUGUAAAAGGCUACACGGAAUCAAAGGCCAAGCUGGCUUGUGAUGCUAGAUGGUGGCUGAUCGAGACCGGGGGCGAUGUGAAGACUGUCCUCAUGGUCUUCGUGCACCAAAGGAAGAGGGAGAUCAUCAUUGAAAGAUGGCGGAUGAUCGAUCGCCCAAUGAGGAAACAAGAGGGCAAAAAGGUGGCAGAGGUUGUGCAAAAAGUUGUUAUUUCACAGGUGAAAGACCAGGUGGUUCACUCGAUCGGACGGUGGAAUCACCAAACUACCGUCGUUGUCAAAUUUGAUCUCGUCGUGAUAUGGAAACUCUGGGUGCUUUGGUCUGAGACUGAGGACCAUCUGUGCGUGUCUAUUGUAACUGGCGUGGUACCUUUAUGCAUGGAAAGAGAGUAUCAGAUGGACGAGUUGAGAGGAAAGGUUUAA